AUGCCGAAAACGCUAAAAGGUCUUGUUAGUCGUCAUAAGAAGCGUUUUCAACAAGAUGGAUUUGAUUUAGAUUUGAGUUAUAUCUCCAGCAGAAUUAUUGCAAUGGGAUUCCCUGCUGUUAAACUUGAGGGUGUUUAUCGUAAUCAUAUUGAUGAUGUUGUACGCUUUCUACAAACACGACAUGCAAACCACUACAAAAUCUAUCACUUAUGCGAUGAAAGAGAUUUUAACGUUUGUCGAUUUGAUGGUCCAGUAGCAAAAUACCCAUUUUCUGACCAUAACGCUCCUCAGUUUGAACAAAUCAUUGCUUUGUGUGAAGAUGUAAAUGAAUUUCUUAGUCAAGAUCCUAAAAAUGUCGUUGCAAUUAAUUGUAAAGCUGGAAAGGGGAGAACUGGUGUUAUGGUCUGUGCAUGCCUUCUUCGACUACAUGAUGUUAUGAAUGCAGAGGAAUCACUAAGAUUCUAUGGUGAACAACGAACUGACAAUGGUAAAGGUGUAACAAUACCGAGUCAACGGCGUUAUGUACAUUAUUAUGAUUUAUUCUUAAAAAAUAAUCUAGAGUAUCACAGAAUCCCUCUUUUCUUAACAGCUGUACGUGUUUGUGGAUUACAGUAUUUACCAGGCCUAUUGUUAGAUCUACAAUUGUAUACAUUUGAUUCAUCUCAUGUGUUUGAACAAAAUUGUGCAACAUUAUCUUCAGAACCGAUGCAUCAAAAUGAAGUUCUUAUAAAACCGAAGCAAGAUAUUCUAUUAUUUGGAGAUGUUCGUGUUAAAUUCUAUGCUAGACACCAUAUGUUAAAUAAAAAAAUAUGUCAACUAUGGUUCAACACAUACUUCGUAGUACAUGGAGAAGGGUCAUCUAAUUGUGUAUCCAGUUCUAAGCAAGGUUUUAACAAUGACCACUGUACAUGUGCAUUUCCACCAUCAACAAUAGCAUCAUCAUCUCGUGGAUCAUUACUUGGUCAUUCAUUUCUAAAAUUACCGCUCUCUGAAUUAGAUAAAGCUUAUAAAGGGAAGUCGAAAUUCUUGACAUCAGAAUGUAAUAUUACUUUCCAUUUUACUUGUCCCUAUUGUAUCGAAAGAAAAAACAAUCAUUUGAAUACGAAUAAUUCUAAUCAGUCACUUCCGAAAACAUUAGAUUUGCCAACAGAUGAUCACAAAGUCAUUUCACCAACGAAGCGUGCACUUGUCCAUUGGGCAACAUCUUUAUCUCACCCCUACUUAUUGUCUCCAUCGUCUACAAAAUCUAGAGACUUGCACAAAGUAAAUGAUGUACAUUGUAAGGGGACUCCUAGUUCAAUACCCAAAGUAAACGUAACUGAUGUAUCCGGAUGUCAAAACAUCGGGGCACUUGAUAAAUCAAAUAGUUUAGUCCCACUAGAAUCUUUACCAUCAUGUUCAGUUGUCAGUAACCAUGACCAAGAUGUCAGUUCUGAUGAAGAAGAAUAUGAUGACGAUGAUGACAAUUACGACAGUGAGGAACACGACAGUGAUUGUAAUAUUCAUGUGGAACACAAAGCCACUUUUCCCGUUCCUACCACUAGUUCCCUAUCGCGAAAUACUAACAGUUCACCUUCUUUAUUGGUUCACAAAAGGAAUUUUUCGUUAAGACAUAGAACAGAAAAAUUAAAUACAUCAAUUAAAUCAAAUCAAUCCGUUACUGAUGUGAUACAAACGCCUAAUAAAGUGGAACUAACAAAACCAACAACUGCUGUUGUCCACUACUUUGUAAAACAUCCACAAUUGAGACGUCAAUCAUCAGAGGCUACAUUAAAUCAUUCAGUUAGUUGAUGAAUAUAUUUAAAUGUAUUUUUUUGUGUCCAACUAUCUUAUAAUUUUGUACAGACUGCACCAUCUCGUGUUUAAAGUUAAUAAUGAAAACUAAAAGGUAGUAACACAUAUGUACAUCUGAUAUAAAAUCUUUAAUUUAUCAAGAGACAUAUCAAGAAACAUAAUAUUAUUGUGAAUGGAUUCUUUAUCUUAUCAAAAUGUAUUUUAUUAAUUUCUAUACUUUUAUACUUGUAAAUAUUUUACUGUUUUCUUUCGUUUUUAUAUAUUUUAUCAGCU